CCGGAAACGCUGUGAUGGCGGCGACUCCCCAGUAGAAAAACAGGCAAGAUGACAUAAAAGUUACAAUUAUUCUUUUCGAGUCAUUCUAGUUGUGUCUUUAUCCAUAUAGACCGAAAUCUUCUCAGCGACAGAAACCGUUAUGAAAGUGAUUGAGAGUGAUGUGAAGGUAGAGGAAAGAUCUGAACAAGUGGAGAGGAUCAACUGAAACUGUGAGGACAAAUCUUCCAGUUUUCAGAAAGAAAUCAUAGCCUGAGGUCCUAGCACGCUAGCUGGAUGGUUGAAAGUUGUAUGCACACCACGUACACAUGUCCGGAGAAACUCGACCUAGCCGCAACAGUCUUCCCCCAAAAAAUGUUCGAACUAGUGGCUCACUAUCGGCCUUCAACACACGGACCUCAUUGAAAAAGGUGAAGCACUCGCUGGAAAGCAAUGCGUUCUGACCUUUUCCGGUUCUCUUAAUUAUGAGGACACCCAGGACCAUCGGCAAGCCACCAGCAGUGAUGAAUCCUCGAUGGAGCAGGAAAUGACGCCCUUGGUGCUGCAAACGAGUAUUAUUCAGGGUGUUUACGGCCUUCGUCGCACCACGGUGCCGAUAACAAAACGAUCUCGUGCCUCAUGCUGGACAGAAGAACAUCCCAGUCCUCACAUAGCACACUACACACGAAUGCAGGUGUGCAAGAUGGCCAACCAUGAGAUUCCGUGGUAUCGUGAUAAAGAGCCAAAGGCCACACACGCAUACAGCUUUUAUUCCUCAUGGAUACAGAAGAAGAAGCACUUACAGGAGGAGCUGAUGGCGGGGGUUAAGUUGGAGGAGAAGACGGCUGCCAGGGAAAAGGCGGAUGUUUCAAUGGGGUGGAACAAGGUGGCGGCCGGGAUCCUCAAGAAAUCUGACGAUGGACGGAGACAGUCUAAACCUGACUUGUCUGAUCUUCCCAAACGCCCCAUCACGGCAGAUCCUACCAAGCCGUGUUUAAGGGGCCAGUCGUCACAAGGUUACUCUAGCUGAGAAUGAACCUAUGUUGUUGAAACGGCCAAUCACGGAAUCCUCUAAACGACCGAAGAGUUCUGAUGCCAGCAAACGGAGUGUCAUGUUCACCUCAGGCACCAGAGGUGUGGAGAGGCCCAUGUCUUCUUCAGGCUCGAUCCACUGGCGAAAACAUAUGGGAUACCCCCCACAAAUGACCAAGAGGCAAACUAGGUUGCUCAGUGGGAACAAGAAUCUCAAAAAGCAAGAGGAAACGGAGGCCGAUGCGAGGCUGUCACAGAGAAGGAGGACAUCUUUUGGCCUCAAGAUAAUGAAACGAUGGAAGACUGCCUGUCGUUUAACAAUUACCGUCUUAAGAAUAGGCCGGAUAAUGGCAAAAAGGUCGUACGAGUUGGACCAGCAGGUCAACAGCUUUCUUGAUUUUUACGAGGUCGCACGGAGAGACCUGGGGGAGGCAAAGGGUCACUACAUUGACGUCGACAAGUACAAGGCGAGAAAGGAGCUGAUGAUCUGCAGUGACGUGCAGGAGACGCUGCGGCAGGUUCCAGAAGCCCGCACACUGUCGCAACUGGACCAGGCUGUAAGGGAGCUUCAGAAAGUUGAAGUGUUCGCCCAGUUCCCGAGGGAUAUUCAGGAGAAGGUUAUCCGGAGGGCCGAAUACCUGAAGUUAGGACCACGACGGGUCAUAAUACGAAAAGGACACAAGGCAACCCACUUCUACAUUAUAGCUUCUGGUACUGCUGUGGUCCGGAGAGUAGCUACUGACCCGAACACCGGCGAGAAGAAGGUGAAGAAAAUCGACUUCCUUCGUCCUGGCAUGACUUUUGGCGAAAUUGCCUUGAUCUCGAACAUUCCCCGCACGGGAAAUGUAAUGUCACAUGACGACAUGCAGCUGAUCACUGUGCACGCCGAAGACUACGUCGACAUCUUCGUGUCCACGGGUCCAGGCCACCUCAUCUCUCCGCAUCUGCCAUUCCUCCAAAAUUUGGACAUCAUGAAGGGCUGGCCCAUACAGCAGCUGUUGCACCAUCCCAAGUACUGUUCAGUUCGCUAUUUCAAGAGAAACGUUGUCAUUACUCACGACAGCAAGAACUCGCCCAACAUCUACAUCGUGCGCUCGGGCCACCUCAAAGUGUUUCGCUUUCUCGACUGGCCGGAUGACAUUGAUCCAGAGAAAAGCAAGAAAUUUUCUUCUACCACGACUGAUGAAAGUGAAACAUCUAUGGCGUUCGACCUCAUCCAUAAACCUGAAUGUAGUCGUAUGAAGAUUCCCUACAUGAAGGACAAAUCGGAACACGUUUUCUGGAAAACGAUAAUUAGCCAAAGAGGGAAGCGAUUCCAGUGGCCGGUUGUCCGCAUGACCAGUAUCCAUGACCCGCUGCUCAUCAGGAAACUGAAAAAGCCUGACAGGCCCAAGUUCAUCCCGAUGAAGAUCCUUCGGCAGGAAGACAUAUUUGGUCUGGACCAGGUGCCGCUGUUCAAGCAACGCAGGAAUUCUCGUUCAGUCAUUCUGGUCAGCCUGGGCGCAGACUGCAUAGUUCUGGACAAAAAGUGGUUCUGCCGUUGGGCAGUGGGCGAGACGAGUGAACUCUUGAACUGCACAACCAUUCAAUACUCCGACGACUUCAUCAAGAACCGCCUGAAAGACCAGGGCAACAGGGACGUGUAUUUAGAACACGUGCUGGACUCUUACUUCGUAAAGCUGUUUCGAGAGUCAAGCGGCGACACCAACAUUUGAGAGUCGUGCUAUAGCUUUAGCUGGCAGUGGGGAUCAGGGUGGGGAAAAGUGGGGAAUUAGGAUGUCGGAAUGACUUAUGUCGACUUUGGGAUGUCGGAAUGACUUAUCUCGACUUUACGAUACCCGAAUGACUGAUGCCGACCUAACGGACUUAUGGUUUGACCGUAUGAUAAUGAGCUAUCGAAGAUGUAGGGACACAAGGACGUAGACGCAAAUGCUAGAGACUAUACGUUAUUUCUUUACUGGACGCUGUUUGAGUGAGGACAAACACUCAUGCUUUGGUUAGUUUGUAUAUUGUAUCGCACAUUGAUUUUUUUUUUUACUGCAAUUUGUUUAUAACCUUAUACUUCUGUCAUUUGUAUGUGAAUCUUUUCAUUAAAACAGACUCAUUAGUACGGGGAAGCGGA